UUUGUUUUAAUUCCCUCUUCCUUUAAUACACAAUAGAUACCGGACUUUCUAAAGAGCGCACAGAGCAUGAUACGAAAUGAUGUGAGUCGAUUAACACCUGUACUGAAAGAUGCUGGGCUGCUGGUUCAUCUGAUAGACAGUUACAGCCGUCACAUCUUUACCAAUCUGGACCUGCUGCUAAACAGAGAUCUGACUGUACAAGAGAUCUUCUGCCUUCUACUGUGGGGAAAAGAUGUUUUCCUCAGUCCAGACUCACAGCAUUUCUGUAGAGUGGACGACCCUCUGCUGUUGACUGGAUGGAUUGAGAGAGCAACGGGAAAACUGCUGCCAAAACUGCAGAAUGACAUCUCCACAAACUUACAAAACAUCCUGUGCUAUGAUGAGAAACAUGAACAUAAUGAAGACUCAGUGGAUGAGGAAACUUUCAUCAGAGUGCACUUAGAUGUCACUCAGUGUCUGAAUGCUGUUAUUCAAAGUUCUAAAGAAUUCAGUCACACGCUGAUGUGUACGGCACAAACGCUCUGCCUUAAAGAGCUUCAUCAUUUUGUUCAGAAGUAUGUGCAUGCAGCAAAAGAACGCCUGGAAAAACAACAACACUUGAAAAAAAAUUCUGGGCAUCUGUUUCGGCUCAUCAGCACCUGUAGGCAACUCAGAUGUUAUUUCAAAGAAGAAGGUAAGCAGAUUCAAAUGCUGACAAAAGCAGUCCAAGAGCAGUGUGCAUCUCUGCCUCAGACUGAUGUGGGAAAAGAGAUUCAGGAGAUCUUUGUGAAUGUUGCCUAUGACUGUGUUUCUCAUGAGUAUCUGGACUGCCUGAUGAAGAGCAAGUUCAGACGGCUAGAGAAGAGAUGGGGAAAUGUUGGAGAAAGAAUGAAAGUGGAUGCUUUCAGUUUGCACAACACAUUCACUGAACUGAGUGGCAGUGAUGACCAGAGGAAUCAUCUCCUUCAGAGAAUGAGUGAAGUUUUGCUAUGCAGUGAUGUAGACGCACUGAAGAUUACCUGUUGUCAUUUGUUCAGAGAUUUCCCUCAGGACAGUAAACAGUAUGUACAUGGUCUGCUGCGCUGGAAUGGAGUGUUAUCAGAGCGACAGGUGAGGGAAGUGCUGGAUGUGAGCCGGGACUGCCUCGCUCAAAAGCCUAGUCGUGUCACCUGUCAGCCUCUGAAGGGACUUUUUUGUUUCCUUUGA